ACACAGCUGCCGGUCUGACACAUUGAGAUCUUGAGCUGCCACUACUUCUUCCAUGACGAUGGUCUUUGCCGCACCAGUGUCCACCACCAAGGGACAUUAGCGGCCGUCCACCUUGCUCUCGACGACUUCAGUGCUUCCCUCGCACUGUUGUCUCACUGCCACCAGUUCUUCCUUGAACUCUUCCGACAGGUCCUGCCGCAGCCUCUUGCUGUGUUCCAAGGUGAUCUGUCUUGCUUCCCCGACUGCUGCUGGUAUCUCCUCUCGCAUCAGGUCCAUUCGUCCCACCACUGCACUCGUUUCCUGUGCCACUUUGUCCAUUCGCACAACCACUGUACUCGUUUCCUGUGCCUAUCUAGCGACCAAGUUUUCAAGCCUUUUCCAGUCACUAGGCACCGAUAUUCAGUCGAAAACUCUACUGACCGACUUACAGUUUCAGUCGCAUAUUAAAUUGACACGUGUGAGCGCCUUAAGGUAUGGCGACUGCUGGCAUUCCACAAAUCGCGCCAGUUAGGAGCUCAGUGACAGGAUGUCAAUAUACUCUAUACAAUGGUAGUGCCGAACAGUUUUCUUGUAGGAAAUGUACUAUAAGCCAACCAACCGAUGCUCCCUAGCCGCUAUGUGUGAACGUGCUCCGGCUAGCAGGGCAUUGUCGAUACUUCUAGCCUCUAGUAGCUAGCAUUUCCAGCUGCGUAUUGACAGACACGUGUGCUGAGCCUAAGGAAUAUACAAGACUUGGCUGUGCCCAAGGAUGUAUAUUCCUUGGCUCCUUCCAAAAUAAGUGCAUUUUCUAAGCCUCAUCUACCUAACAUGAUUUUUUGUAUCUCUUUCUUCUCAGAGAUUUAAUUGCGGCCAAUAACUUUAAGAUUAGCCAGAAGCCUUAUACAUAUACUGUAUGUGUAUUUACCUCCACUCUGUCUUCUAGCAUUCGCCGCAUAACAACAUGGUGCCGUAGUGAAGACAGAAUGGAAAGCGGCUUGAGAUACCAUGAAUUCUUUUUUGAGAAUGACAUGAUAGAUACGCAACCAAUAGAAGUUAUACUCUGAUUUACUGUUGCUCUCCAUUUCUAUUCAUAAGAUUUAUCGCUUGUCUCUUAUUCCUUCAUGGUGGGAAAAAGACAAGUUCUUUUAUUAAUAAUUGGCAACAGAAGCACGCCGCAAUUGUAAAUACUCCCACAUGCUGAGCAGCUGACGUAGUCUCGCCAGCUGGCGCGGUGCUCAUCUAAACUACAGGUGUGCAGCGUUCUUGACAACUUUGGUGUUACUAAACUGAACAUUGCUUGAACUACUGGCACGUAAUACUCUACAGUAGUGGUGCACGGGGAACAGGAGGCGGUCAAAGGACAACUUUACCACAUCAAUCCGGGAGGUAAGAUGAGGCUCAAGAAGAAAAAACUUGUCCUGCUUCCUGGUUGAUGUCUGCCGUGUGUCUCCUGUCUUGUUGUAAUAAUAAUGAUAAUGGUUAUUAUUCUGAUACAAAGAAACACAAAUAUCUCUAAAUAUACUAAUCUGCAACAAAAAUUAAAGAGAGAGUUUGCCAGAAAAAUCUAUGCAUUUAUAAAUUAGCUGCUUCUUCCCAUCAGUGUAGGACGAGUGUUUCUUACUAUUUUCAAGAAAAGAAUCAUAAUUUGUCAUAUUUAGUUUACAGUCCCACUUCAUAUGUAAUCUUAGAGUCAUUAAUUGUUAUUUCCAAAACCUAGUAAAAAUAUGUAUCUGUUCCAGUAUCAGAUCUUAAUCCUUGCUAUCCUAACAUUAAACCACAUAUAUGUACUCUUAUUUUGUCCUCUUACCUGUGGCUUCCCUUCCCCAUGCAUCACAUGGAGGAUAGCAAAGCAAAGCCACACUCAGCUGAUGUGCCAGCCCAUAAACAGUUUCAUGAAUAAUAAAAGCUAACAGCAAGAACUGGCUGGAAAGUGCAUCAUAAGCAGAAAUAUAUAACUGUCUGGUAGAGCCACAAAACUGUUACACAGGGAUGGAGAACGGUAUUGAGGAGAAGAGUAAUGAAACAGAAGUAUUCUGGCAGCCUGAAAAUUACUACUGUCCACGCCCUGAAGUGCACUCUGCUGUUAUCUUGCUCAACAAUGGAAUCUCAGAGGCCAAUGUGAAGAGUGUGCUGCAGUGGUGGUGCAAUGCAAGCUUACGGAUUUGUGUGGAUGGCGCCACAAAUCACUUCCACCAUCUCAUGUGGCAGCAGCAGGGUGCUGCAGCCUGCCACUGUCCAUGUCCUCUCCCAGAUGUCAUAUCAGGGGACUUUGAUUCCAUCCAGCCUGACCUGCUUAAGCUAUACUCAGCUGAGGGCGUCACCAUUGUGCCCACGCCAGAUCAAAAUGAGACAGACUUCACUAAGGCAGUGCGGGUAGCAGCCAGCCUCAUCAGGGAGCGUCAAACCAGUGUGAACCACAUCCUGGUAGUGGCUGGCUCAAACAACAACAGGUUUGAUCAUGUCCUGGCCAUUGUGGCAACACUGUACAAGGCAUAUCAAAUCACAUCAACGCCUGUAGUGGUGGUGUGGGGAGGGAGCCUCUUCUGGGUGCUGGGAGCGGGCCGGCACCGCAUCCAAGUGUCUGCAGAGCUGUGCUGUAAUCCUUCAUCCAGUUGGUGUGGUCUGGUACCAGUGGGCCAGGCUGCCACUGCCACCACCACUGGUCUUAAAUGGAAUCUUGAUCACCAAACUCUUGCAUUUGGCCAGCUGGUGAGCACCUCCAACACUUACCAACUUCCUCCUGGUGGUGGUGAUGUGACAGUCACCACUUCAGAUCCUCUACUAUGGACUAUGGGAUGGAUGGCUGAACCUGGCCCCUUCAAACGAAAGUACUCAGAGCUUCAGAAUGGCUUCUGAAUUGAUGCUGAAAAGGGACAUAAAGAAUGAGUUGUAUAUUCUGAAUGACUGGUUUAAGCUUUUAGUAUUGAAUGUCCUUGCUUUUAAGGAGACUGUUUUAAGAUGAUACUAUGAAUUUUACAGCACAAUGUGACUUGUUAAUCUCACCAGAAGUUACUGAUGACAUUCUUUUGCCUUAGAAGUGACAGGAUCACUCAUAAUUAAGACUGCUUGAGGUUAUGUAUGUAGGAGAGAUGAUCUUUAGGUGACACUGCAUCUUAUUAAUGCCCAUCUCCCUCAGCAACUGAGGGCUGUUUAUAUAUAUAUAUAUAUAUA